CUCUUUUUCCAAGACAAACAGCUCUGAUACAAACCAACUCUCUUCACACUCAUUCUACCAGACUUCCCCUUCACAAAAGGGAAAAGCGCACAUUGCGGAGAGAGAACUCCAUCAGAAACCUGUCACACACUUACACAUAGAUAUACAAACAAAUUCACAGCCACACACAUAGACGCACGCACACACUGAAGAGCAAACAGUCUCUCUCCCUUUCUCUCUCGCUCUCGCUCACCCACUCUCCUCUCCCUCCCAUCCACACGCGCACACCACUACAGUAUAUCAGCUAGCGACUGGCAGGGAAACGGAGGGGAGAGCAGAAAUGAAUGUGAAGAUCUUGACGCUGGUGAUUGUGCUGGUGGUUUCUCUGCUGUGUUCAGCCAGUGCUGGUCCAGUGGCCUCCACCGAGCAUAGCAAAGAGCUGGAGGAGGUGGGCAGCAUGAGGACUCCUUUGCGGCAGAAUCCUGCUCGAGCCGGCCGGAGCCAAAGACCUUCUGGCUGGAGGAGGAGACGCCCUCGACCCCGCCUCUCCCAUAAGGGGCCCAUGCCAUUUUAGAGCAAGGUACAGCUUAGAGUGCCCUCCCCCUUGGUUCUGAUUUCUAUGCUCUUCCUUUGCCUUGGGGGUCCUUGCAACAAGGGGCCUUUGCUAGCCCAGCCUGAAGAGUGAUGUCCAUAGCACCUGCUGGUUCUUCAAGCAACUCUUCUUCUGUCCACAAAAAAAAACAGGACAAGCCACUCAUCCUCAGCUCUGUGAAGAAUUGUGGGCCAGGAAUGGGGGUGGGGGGUAUUGAGCCCGAGCUAUCAGAUUCUAUCUCUCUCUGUCUGUCUCUCUCCUCCUGUGGUUUUCCUCAUUUGCUUUCUAGAGCCUUUUCAUGGCCACACUUUGCAUGACGUGUGAGCAGUGGGGAGCCUGGUCCAAACAGUUAUAGUCCGAAAGCGUCACUUUCUUCUCCGAGGUGUGCUAGUCCCAUUCUCUCCAGCGUGAAGGUGACCACAGCGCUUUGUCCCAUUGCUAUGUGUCAGCAACUCUUGGCUUAUACAGUAAGUGCUCAUGAGAGAAGAAAGUGGCAGGGAAACUAAAGUAAAGGAACAACUAAAUGCUCAGGCCCAUUAUGAACAGGUCAGCAACUAUUUUAGAUCUUGCACAAUUUUACCAUCUGCCUAUAACUAAAAAUGGACAGUUAGCUUUAUAAUAGCAUCAGUGAGUGCAUUUACAUGACAAACUGCUCACAAAACGCAAUUAUCACUUAUCAAAAAAAACCUUACAAUACAAAAAAAGAAGAAUAAAUUCCAUUUAACUCAUCAAGUUUUGACACCAAAAUGUUGACACGCAUCCAGAAUGCUGAUUGUAAUGCAAAUGCAAUCAGUGUUUUCUGAUUCAGUUUUAAUUACUGAUUACACAAUUACCUCUAAAAAUGUUGAAUGGAUAUAUAAUUAAUCGGCACAUCUAUUUAAAACAGCUUGAUUACAUCUCAUAGAGCUGUCCAAUGGUCAUUACACAUCAUCCUACCAAUGAGCCUAAGAGUUGUGAGCCAUCUGAAGCUUAAGGAAAAGCCACAGUGUCUCAUUAUCAAAAUCACACUUCACUUCCAUGAGCAAGAGAUCAUCGUCCUGAGCCUUCUUCUCCUCCCCCAUGACACACACUGCUUUACGGCAGAGAUACAUGACUGUUAACUGGCCAGGGUGAUCUGCUUCAAACGGCGAACCAUCUCUCCUUUUAUUGAAGUGCCAAAUAGCAAAUCUACUCCACAGUGCUGCCAGGAGAAGAAAAGUAAACAUGUUACCUCUUAUCUUGGGGGAAGCAUAACAUCUAACCACAUGUACGCAUUUUGCCAUUUGUUUGAACAUCCAAUGUAAAGGCAAUGGUAGCAUGGUUUGAUGACAUUAGACCAAAAAAAAAAAAAAAAAAAUUCCUUACAGAUCUGAUGAUUUCCCCCUUGACAGGAUUCUCUGACAGAACUCUAUGCCUUUAUUUGACAUCAUACCGGAAAUUAUUACUCAUUCU